CAACCCAUCUCUCUCCUCACUCCUUACUUGAUUCCCUAAACCCUAACCCCCAAAACCCCAUCUCUCCCAGACUCCAACACACAAACAAACCGUCAUUCUCUUCAAAUAACCGAAGUUCAUCUUUCUUAUCUCCUCUUCCUUUCCAUUCUUUAAUUCAAAGAUGGUGAAACGGAGCAAAAAGAGUAAGAGUAACAGGGUAUCACUGAAGAAGAAGUACAAGAUUAUUAAGAAAGUGAAGGAACAUCACAAGAAGAAAGCUAAAGAAGCAAAGAAACUUGGAUUGAAUAAGAAGAAUAAGGUUGAGAAGGAUCCUGGGAUUCCUAAUGAAUGGCCUUUUAAGGAGCAGGAGCUUAAAGCUCUCGAAGCUCGCCGUGCCCGUGCUCUCGAAGAAUUAGAGCAGAAGAAAGCUGCCCGCAAAGAAAGGGCUCAAAAAAGAAAGUUGGGAAUAUUUGAGGACACCAAUGGUAGCAUUGAGAAGCAAUCUCACGAGGAGGAAAAGGAAGCAGACCUGUCUAAAGACUUUAUUAAAAACCGAGAUAAUUCUGAUAGGGUAUUUUACAAGGAGCUGGUUAAGGUCAUUGAAGUAUCUGAUGUCAUUGUGGAAGUCCUUGAUGCUCGCGAUCCCCUUGGUACCAGAUGUGUGGAUAUGGAGAAAAUGGUUCUGAAUUCGGGUCCCACUAAGAAGCUUGUUUUGCUCUUGAAUAAAAUAGAUCUUGUACCACGUGAAGCAGUUGAAAAAUGGCUGAAGUAUCUUAGAGAAGAAUUACCAGCUGUUGCUUUCAAAUGCAGCACUCAAGAACAAAGAUCAAAUUUGGGGUGGAAGUCGUCAAAGGCUUCUAAACCCAGCAACCUUCUACAAACCAGUGAGUGUCUUGGAGCAGACCCUCUUAUCAAGAUGCUAAAAAAUUACUCAAGGAGUCACGAGAUAAAAAAGACGAUCACUGUUGGCAUUGUGGGGCUUCCCAAUGUGGGGAAGAGUAGUCUUAUCAAUAGUUUGAAAAGAAGCCAUGUAGCCAAUGUUGGUGCAACUCCUGGAUUAACUAGGUCACUGCAAGAAGUUCAUUUGGACAAGAAUGUGAAGUUGAUGGACUGUCCUGGUGUUGUGAUGCUUAAAUCUGCGCAGAAUGAUGCAACUGUAGCUCUUCGAAAUUGCAAAAGAAUUGAGAAGCUUGAAGAUCCUAUUGCACCAGUGAAGGAAAUUUUAAAGCUCUGCCCUGCCCAAGUGCUAGUCACAUUGUACAAGGUCCCUAGCUUUGAUACGGUGGAUGAGUUUCUGCAGAAUGUGGCCUCUGUUAGGGGAAGACUUAAGAAAGGUGGUGUCGUGGAUGUUGAUGCAGCAGCAAGGAUUGUUCUGCAUGACUGGAAUGAAGGUAAAAUUCCAUAUUAUACUAUGCCGCCAGUGAGGAACCAAGGUGAAGUCUCUGAUUCUGAAACCAAGAUAGUUUCAGAACUUGGAAAGGAGUUCAAUAUAGAUGAAGUCUAUGGAAGUGAAUCUUCAUUCAUUGGAAGCUUAAAAUCAGUCGAUGAUUUCCAGCCCGUCGAGGUUCAACCAAAUUGUCCGUUGACUUUUGAUCAACAGAUGCUUGAGGAUCCACAACCGUCAUCACAGAUCAAUGGGGUUGAUGAUUUGAAAGAAAACGGUGAUGAUGAAAUCAUGGAGGCUGAAGAAGAGGAAACAGGAAAGACCAAGGUAAAAAGUACAGCAAGCAAACAAAAUGAGAAGCUUUAUGAUGCAGAAGGGAUGCUCAAUACGAAAAAGAAGCGAGCAGAGAAGAAGAGACGGAAAAAAGCUAGCAAGCUAGGUGAUGCUAUGGAUGAAAAUGGUGAUUAUGAUUUUAAGGUGGAUUAUAAGCGGGGAGGUUCUUCUAUGAAAGUUGAUGAAGAUGAAGAUGAUGAUGAAAUCAAAGCAGAGGUGCCAAUGGCUGGCGUAGAAUUCGACGAUGAGUGAUUAUAUAUGUCAAGUAUAUUUUUCUUGGACUUAUUGGUUCACUAAAAUUUUGGUAGUCUUAUAUUGUCAAACAAAGAAAAAGGUUGUAGAAUGCGUAAGUUAUUUUAAAAUUAUUAGUGUUAUGCAUAGAUUUCCUCCAGAAAAAAAUCAAAAAUCAGUGGAAGUUCCUUGUAAUGUAUUAUCAUAUUGAUUAUGCUUUCUGCAUUCAACAUUGCA